AUGGCCGUGUUUCGAAGUCAAGAAAACAUUGCAGAACUUUCGGCAGUUGCAACAGAAGGAUCUUGUGCAAUAUGCACGCAACCUCUAGAAAGCAACCAAGAAUGUCUUUUGACAAGUUGUAAUCAUGUUUACCAUUGCAAUUGCAUAAAGACAUGGUUAACCAACUCCUCGGAAUGUCCUUGUUGUAGACAAUUAUGCCACCUUCGCGAUUUACAACCAAUUACUAUUCAUGUUGCGUCUAACGGCGACAGCAACAAUCGCUCAAAAAAUUCUAAUAACAACAAUUCCACUCGCCCGAAGGAGAAAAAGCGUUAUCAUACUCGCUCCCAAAGACAGCUUAAUGCUGACGUAACUCAAGCUCCAUCUAAAAAUGACCAAGCAGGCGUUGCUACAAACUUAACAUUACCACUGCUCCAACUCGGAGAUACACCAGGCCCACCUACUCAUAAUACCCGGAAUAACAAUCAAAAUCGUAGUAAUACUUUUGGCAGGUCAAAUCCAAAUUCUCAUCAAAAUAAUCCCAAUUGUUUAAAUAAUGUGAAUAUUGAACAAAUUAUAGAAGCUAGUAUUAGUAUUAAUUUAAAUAUACAAUCUACUGCGGCUGCAGCACGUAGAGCUGAACCUGAACCAGUAAUUCAUGAACGCAUCAAUGUAAACAACGGAAAUAAUCGUCACUUUGGGCCAAGUCAAUCACAAAAUUUUCUAAAUAAUCCACAAAAAGUAACAUUGGCAAUUCAAAAUUGGAAUGUGAAAUUCGAUGGAUCGUCAACUGGAUUAAAUUGUGAAUAA